AUGGUGGAUGGAGGCGUGGGAGAGCCUGUGCUCCGGAAGAUGCCGCAUGCGCUCAAAUACGAGGUGGUGGCGCGGUGGAAGCGAGCGCGGGUCGGCCGCCUCACCCUGCCCCACCACGUCUGCGAUACCCCCAUGUUCAUGCCCGUAGGCACCCAGGGCACAGUGAAGGGGCUGACGACGGAGCAGCUCGAGGCGCUCGACUGCCACGUCAUCCUCGGCAACACCUACCACCUCGGCCACAGACCCGGCGGCGAGGUGGUGCAGCAGAUGGGCGGGCUGCACAACUUCAUGAAUUGGAAUCGCAAUAUCCUGACCGACAGCGGCGGGUUCCAGAUGGUGUCGCUCCUCGAGCUGGCCGAGAUCACGGAGGAGGGCGUCACCUUCAUCUCCCCGCACGACGGCUCGCGCAUGGUCCUCACGCCCGAGCAGUCCAUUCAAAUCCAAAACCAAAUCGGCGCCGACAUCAUCAUGGCCCUCGAUGACGUUGUGAGCUCGACUACUACGGGGCCUCGAGUGGAGGAGGCCAUGCACAGAACUAUCCGCUGGAUCGACCGAUGCAUCAACGCCCACAAGAAUCCCACCACCCAGAACCUCUUCGCUAUUGUCCAAGGCGGACUCGACACAAAUCUCCGGACGCAGUGCCUGCGAGAGCUCAUCAAGCGAGACACGCCGGGCUAUGCCAUCGGCGGGCUCAGCGGAGGCGAGCGCAAGGAGGACUUCUGGCGCGUCGUCGCCCAGUGCACCGACCCCGAGCUCGGUCUGCCGCAGGACAAGCCGCGGUAUCUCAUGGGCGUGGGCUACGCCGUCGAUCUCGUGGUGUGUUCGUGCCUGGGCGUCGACAUGUAUGACUGCGUCUUUCCCACCAGGACCGCUCGCUUCGGCACGGCGCUCAUAACGGAGGGCAGCAUCCAGCUCAAGCACGCCCAGUUCGCCAACGACUACCGCCCGAUCGAUCCGGACUGCGGUUGCGUGGUGUGCCAGAAGUACACGCGAGCCUACCUGCACACGGUCGCCGCCAAGGAGGAGGUGGGCGGCCAGCUGCUGAGCUACCACAACAUCGCCUACCAGAUGAGGUUGAUGCGGGAGAUCAGGCAGAGCAUCAUCGACGGCAGGCUGGACGAGUACGUGAAGGAGUUCUUCCGGAAACAGUUCCCCAAGGGCGACUACCCCGAGUGGGCCAAGGACGCGCUGCUCGUCGCCGGCAUCGAGCUCUGA